UGUCUGAGACGCGGAGGGACUUGAACGGAUGGACUGCCCGAUCCGACCGGAGGAUCUGAUGAGUGACGUUGAGCCCCUGCCCCUCUCCGCGCCCUGCUCUGCCCCCGCCAGCCCCCGCACCGGCCCAGCAGCGGCCCCCCGCUCGCUGCCCGCCAGCCCGCGCUCGGCUCUCUCCCCCUCCUCCUCCCUGGUCACGGCUAGGCUGUACGCUUCGCUGCAGAACUGCCGGCAGCUGGAAGCGGGCCGCCGCCUGGCGCUGGAGAUCGCGGCCGGAGACAGGGGCAGCGCACAGAUCCAGGCGGGUGCCCGCCGGGAACCCUCGGGCAAGCACGGCGGCAAUGGGCGACCAGCGAGGGAUGGUCCUCGCCCUGCCUCCGCCCCGGCCUCUUCCUCCACAUUCUCCUCACAACCCGAUCGAAGAGACGCAGAGCUCAGCUCCUCGUCUGGCCCGCAACACUCCCACUCCAACAGGCCUGCUUCUGCAAUCCCCGGCUCACAGCCCCUCAUCCUGUCCACGGACUGUCCCCCGGGGUCCCGACCGUCAGUGGACACCCUCGCCUCCCGACACCCGGGACUGGCCCGAACCUACAAGGACGCGGCCUCGAUCGGACGCUUGGCCCCACCGGACCUGGAGGAGCUGGCUCUGGAGAUGACCCAGAAACUGUCCAGGAGGGUGGAAACCAGCAGUGCGCACAAGGCUGGAUCCAGGCACAUCUCGGAGAUGGAGUCGGUGCGAUCCCACCUUCAGAGCAUGCUGAGAUUUUCUCAGGAUCUCACCGACAGGAACGACGCUGUCAGUCCGGCCGAUCAGCAGCAAAGGGAUAACGACUCGUUUGGGAGCGACUGCACCAGCACCCUGCUCAGAGCGAAACCAUUCCAGGAGAUCUCCGUGUCCCCGCCGGCACCCAUCCUGGGACUGGACGAGGCUGCACUCUUUCCCCGGUAUUCCCGGAUGCAACUUGGGACGAGGGCGGGAUCGGUGGCUGAAUCGUCCCUCUACGAGUAUCAGAUCGUGAGGGACACCCUGGACAAGGAGCGCACGAGGAGGAAGCACUGUGAAAAACAGAUCCAGGCCCUGCAGAACAAGAUCCUGGCCCUCCAGCAGCAACUGGCUGUGGCAGUGUCGGCCGACCGGAAGAAGGACAUCAUGAUCGAGCAGCUGGAUAAGACUCUGGUGAAGGUGGUGGAGGGCUGGAAGAAGCACGAUGCGGAGAGGAGCGAAGCCAUGAGGCAGCUGCAGGAGGAGCACGAGGCUGUGGAGCGGGAGCGGGGCGAGCGCCAGCAGGCAGUGUUGAACUUUGAGCACCAUCUGUCCCAGGCAACCCAAGCGCUGGCGAAGGAACAAGAGGAGAAGGAACAGUUGGAGAAGGAGAGGGGCUUGCUGGAGGAGGAGGCCCAGAGGCUCGGCGAGGUUCUGGAGGCAGAGCAGCGACGCGGCCUGGCACUGCAGGCCGAAUGCGACAAGGCGGAGGGCGGGCGGCUGCAGGAGCGCAAGCAGGCCGAGGCCCUGCGCGCCCAGCUGCGGGAGGAGCGGGACGCCCGCGAGCAGCGGCAGCAGCAGCAGGAGCAGAGGAGCAGCCAGCGCCAGGCCGAGCUGCACGAGGAAGUGGAGAAGGAGCGGGUGGCCAGACAGCAAGAGGCGCAGCGAGCACAGGAUGCGCAGCAGGUGUUGUCGGCUGUCCAGACCGAGAUGCAACGGCUGGAGGGUGAAUUGGACGGCGUCAGUCGCGAGAAGGAGAGCCUGCAGAUGGAGCUGAGCCUCGUGAAGGCACGCUUCGAGUCGCAGAGAGUCAAGGCUGAGACUGAGUUUAAGGUGGCGCUGGAGCAACAGGUGACUGAGCGACUGACGACCAUGCACGAGGACAGCAGCCGUCAGAUGGCUGCCAUCCGGGAGCAGCACAGGAAGCAGGUCAUGGAGCUGGGCACCCAGCACGAGCACGAGAUGGGCAGGCAGCUGGCACAGUUCAAGCUGGAGGUGCAGGAGCGAGAGGAGAAGCACCGGCACGUGAUGGAGGGCUACGAGCUGAGGUUGGCAAAGGAGCAGGAGGAGACGGGCCGGCUGCUGGGCGUGAGGCGGAAGCUGGAGGUGCAGAGGAGCGAGAUGGUGUCCAAGCUGCAGGCCAUGAUGCAGUCUCACUGGAACGAAGCGUUGAAGGUGCUGAUGUCUGAAAGCCUCUCCCACGGCCCCCAGCGACUGCAGCAUCCCGCCCUGCACGAUAACCUGGUGCCCGUCUACCAAGAGCUGAACCGGAGCCUGCCAGCGUCGGGACUUCAGUACGGCACGGACUGCGACCACUCCACGUGCUCUGCCCUGGAGAGCCACUGGUUGAAGCGUCCCCCCUCCUCCUGCUCCGACCCCUUCAUGCUGCUGGCGCGGGACACCCCGGGGGGAGACCCCCGCCCGCAGGGGCAGAUGCCGGACCACCAGGCGCCCGGGCGCCGGAUGGAGAGCGGCCGGCUGCCUGAGAGCCGGGACCCGCGUGCCGGAUUCCCGCCGGCCAUUCCCUUGCAGCCCGCGGUGCAGGCCUCUCGUCGCCCGCAAGCCCCAGAGCCGCGCUGCGCGGUUGGCGAUGCCGAGCGGCUGCCGGCCGCGGUGAACCGGCAGGGCCAGAGCCAGCGGCCGAUGCCCCCUCUGCCGGCCAACACCCACCGCGUGGAGGACCUCAGCCAGAUCCUCAACUACAGCUUUCUCAGCCACGCCAGCUUCCAGCCCCUGGAGCCCCAGGUGGACGAGGCCGUUACAGCCCCCACCCUGACGAAUCGGCAGCACAUGUGGGGUUCAGGGAGCAUGCCAGGAGUUCACCGCUUCUCUCCCACCGUUGUUCCCGCAGCCCCCGGCCCCCACCAUGAGGAGCUAGCCGAGCACCCGUUCACGCAGGCCGUGCCCGCUGCAGAUGCCCAGUACCAGCGGCUGGGCGAGGGUGGCACCACAGUGGACAGCAGCCUGGACUCGUCAGCUGGGCAAUCCUUCCAGGACCAGAGCCCACGGGGCAGCGAGCUGCAGUACUACAUCCAGAUGCUUUUGGACCGAUCUCCGAGUGAACCUGUGGAUACCAGCUCAGAUGCAGAGACACUCAACAUAACACCACAGGAGGCUGAAAGCCAGAAAGCGGGCCCCACGGCGUUGCCGGACGAGCCCAGCGGCCGGAACGGGGUCAGGCCCCAGCCCACCGGGCAGUUGUCGAGCGGGCGGACCGCGGGCAGCGCUGUCCACAAGGUCAAGGUCAAGGUCGGCCGCACGGAGUCGGUGCCCACCCAGCGCGGGCACCCGCCCCAGCACCCCCUCAAAGCAGGUGGUGUGUUGUCACCCAAGCAGGUUGGGGAGCUCUCGAGACUGCUGCACGUGUACAACGGCGCGCCGGACUGCCCAGUGCCCUCCAUGGACGAGCUCUUCACCUACCUGAGGGACCACCAGGACCAUAGGCCAAUGGGACCGGAGAGUCUGGCUUCCUCGACUCAACAGAACCAGAGUCACAUGUUAAUCACAACGACAAAGAAAGAGGGUUUACCGGCUCAGCCCUCUGCCCAGAAACUGCUCAACGCCAACCGGCUGGAACACCACGGCCCAAACCCCGGCAAAGAAAAGAAGAGACCGGCGGUGGUGGUGCAUCAGGGAGGAGGAGGAGGCAGCAGAGAAGCCAGGACGGCGAUCUGGAGAUAACCAGGCCGAGGAGCUGUGGAGUGACCCGCUCCACGCAUCCUGGACACUGAACCGUGAGGCACCGACAUCCUGGUGGGCCCCGCGCCCUCUCUCGGCAGCCUCCGUCAGCCGCCAGGACCUGUCGCAGAGGGAUCUUUAACCAGCUUGCCGCACCCAGUCCCGGACUGUUUCAACUUUUCACAAGAUUCGGCACAAAAAUAAUUUGUACGGUACCAAUCCGUCCGGCAAUGUCAGAGUUGAAUUUGGAAGACGAGAUACGUUGGCCGUCAAACGCGAAUUUGGAAGAAGAGAUAUUGUUGCUCUCAGCUGCAGCCAACCUGGCCCGUUCCAUUCAUCGCUGCUUCCAACACAUCUCAUUGGCGUCUCUUUCUCUUGCUUCUCGUCCUCGCUUCAGCCGCCCAGUUUCCUCGUUGGUUUCACGGUCCGGUUGUGCCGGGUCUCGGCAACGGGUGCACCCGGUCGGUGCUCUGCGGUUAAUGGUCAGGAGCGUCUGAGAGUGGUGGUUCGAGAGCGACGGGCACGGAGAAUUAAUCUACCAGGGCGCCCCGGCCACAGUUGGAAAAUGUGCCUCCGUUUUCCUGCCGGCAUAAGUCUCAUCUACUGGCAGUUUAACCUGAUCAUAAAUUAAAUGCUACGUUUCCAUAACAUUUACCGUCGCACGCAAGUCACGGCAUUGAUUUGGUUUAAAAUCUCGAUUUGCGUCAUUUACCGAACAGUCUAUUUUUGGACCAAAUUCCCCUUUUAUUCCGGCUGCCGUUUCGUUCCAACCGGGAGAAAAUAUUCUUUCAUCGGUCAAGAAACGAUGGGCCAAACGCCAGUCGUCUUAGCCGGGGUUAAAGCUCGAAGGGGCCCCCAAGUCAGACUCCCGCGAGCGUAACCGGUGCUACUGUUUCUAUGAACGAACGGCCAUCUCAGAGUGUUCAGCAGAUUUACAGGAGGUUGCGACGCUCUGCUUUUAGAUUGUCCCCCCCCUCCCGAUGGAGAUUGUGACACCUCGUGUCUGUACGGGCAGCCUGUGUCCCCCCCACUAUGCAGUCGAAGGUCUCGCCUGGGGUGCAGUUUCCAUCAUGUGCUCCCUUGUCCAUCCUCCCCAGAAUCAUGUCCCCACCACCGGCUCUCAAAUUCGACCAAACAGCUCUCUAUCCCGAAGGGCUGGAUAGUGCUGGAGUAACUCAGCGGCUCAGGCAGCAUCUCUGGAGAACAUGGAGAGGCGAAGUUUUGGCUCAGGUCCCUUCUUUGGAGAGAGUUCUGAAAAAGGGUCCUGACCCAAAACGUCACCUCUCCCUGUUCUCCAGAGAUGCUGCCUGACCCGGUGAAUUACUCCAACAUUCUGUGUCUUUUUUGACUCAACACAGGACUCUGUCCAACUGAAGUCUAUUAAAUAAGUCUUAGGGGAGUUGUAAAGAAGCUUCCUCUGUUACGUGCAGUAUUUUCCCCUCAAUGUAUAUCUUCAAACGCCUAACACUAUUUAACUCUUAGCACUUAAUAUCUUCUAUCCAAAGGUUUUGUGCUGACUGAACCUAAUUUCUUCUAUCCCAGGUGAUUUUUGUCUCAUUCUCUUUGUUCCCUGAUUUCUGUGAGUGUUUAUAUUUAUUUAUGUGUGUGUGUGUGUGUAUGUGAUUUUUGUAAUUAUCAUAAGUGCCUUAUUUUAAUAUGGAUUUUAUAUAAUAAAACUUUGUAGAACUAUUUUUAAAAAACAA